AUGACAACAGCUUACACGAGCAAGAAGGUUUGGGUAAUGGUCAAAGACAAUCUCGGGAAAAUGGGCAAGUGGUUCGAAAGAAGUGAAGAUGACUUUGUCAUGGGGAGGGAACCUUGCUUCGCCGACAUGGCCGUAAUCACUAACUGGAUCAGCACACGAUCAACACGUGAUGCGAUUGCCUGUAGUCUUCAGGCAGAUCUCCCCCAUCUUCCCUUUUUCGACCGCUAG